ACAAAUAGUGAUAUUAUAAUAAAUAUUCCUUUUUAGGCACUCUACAAUUACUCAAAAUUCAAAAAGUAGAGGCCUAGUGGUUUUUUUUUUCCUGUGACGUUUUAUGGGGAAAUCGGUUCUUUCGCCAAAUAGAAUCCAAGAUUUUGCCAGAAUUAUCAGCAGCUCCAAUAACAGGAUCCACGGCCCGACCCAAGUCAAACCACCCGCAUCCAGAAUUAGGUCAGUUCCAUCCGCAAAGUCCAGGGCGGUGGUCGGCGGCGAUUCAUCGGAGCGGCGGCUAAAGUUGAGGACGAAGAACAUGGAAGAAGCAAGCUCUAACUCCAAUUCGAAUACUUCUUCGUCGAACCAACAGCGGCAACGGGUACCCCUUGCUGACGUGGUAGCUGACUGUGUGAAGCGGUGGUUCCAGGAUACUCUCAAGGAGGCUAAAGCCGGUGACAUUAGCAUGCAGGUCCUUGUUGGUCAGAUGUAUUAUAGUGGCUAUGGUAUUUCCAGAGAUGCACAGAAGGGAAGAGCUUGGAUUAACCGAGCUUCAAAGAGUCGGUCAUCAGCGUGGAAAGUGAGUGAUAAACGCCCAGGCUAUAAUGCUAGUGAUUCUGAUUCUGAUGAUACUGUGGAGGACGCAAAGUAAAAUUGAAGCACUUUUCACGGGUAAAACAAGCUAUAGCAUCUAUAUUUUUGUGCUAUGCCUAUGCCAGCUGCCAAUCCUUUGCAGUUUUGUAACAGACGUUGAACUGGACUUACUGUUCUGAUCUUCAUGGUCGUUUUUCAUUGAAGUACUCCAUGUCCAUAAUGUUAUUUUGCCUAACUGGACUGAUAGCAAAUCACUUUCUUUACAUUAGUUUAUUAUCUUUGUGUCAUGGUGGUUUGAUCUUGUAAUUCUGGCUUAACUGGGAAAAAAACUGGUAAGGCAAUCAUUCUUUGUUUAGUUCGUCGUCAAGUCUGCUUUAGUGGAUUUUGCUUUUCAAGUCUUCGUGUUUGUUGAAUGGACAUUUGAAACCUCAA